ACUGACAAGCAACUGAUCAUUGGUCACUAUUACUGAACGAUAUCAAUCCUCUGAGUCUAUACGAUCCAUUCACCGAAUUCUUUACACACACAAACCUCUGUUUGUCUAUUUCCUAUGGCUUCACCAUCUCCUAUCCUGAAGCUUGGCCAGUGUCUCACCGGCAGACUCGGUACAUAUACAGUUACGAAGCAACUUGGUGAAUUCAUCUGGCUGGGAAAUACUAAAGUUGGCGAGACUGUAAUAAUCAAAACUGCACGCCAUUUUCGCAUUACCAAUGAAAAGGAUAUUCUUAGGAAGUUCCAGUCCAAAACACCACAUUUGCGUCCCUUGGUUGACGAUAUAAUUGAGCUGCAAGACCCACCUGCCAUCGUGUUGAAACAUCUCGAAGAUGAUCUACAGACCGCUUCAGCAGCUAAGAAGCUUAAUGGGAAAGAGAUCAAAUAUGUAUCGAGGAGGGUUCUUCAGGCACUGAAUGUUUUGCAUGAAGACGGUUACGUGCAUACAGAUAUUAAAAUAGACAAUGUCCUCGUGAAUUACGUGCCAUCUGCCCAAAAUUGCAGUGAGAAACGCUUCACAGACGUUCAGCUUGCAGAUCUGGAAAGUACAGUUCAUAUAACCUCCCGCUUCUGUGAAGAUCAGGAUGAAAUUGGGACACCUAUUUGGCGGAGUCCGGAGGCACAGCUAGGAUUGAAAUGGGGCCCACCCACUGAUAUUUGGUCACUCGGGACACUGGUUAUAUCGAUGAUCUGGGGCGACAAUUUCUUCAUCUUUAAGCCUAAAGUUCCUCGCAGCGAUGAUGAAUACGAACUGGAGACUCUUGCCAAACAUCACAUCUAUUUUGGACCGUUUCCACCUUCUUAUGCCGAUCUUGCCGACCAGGAGACAUUGGGAGUUCUGUCACUUAUCAUGAAUGAUGUGCCGCCUGAGAAAUUAAAGCCAUUCUCACUGGCUAGUCAGAGGGAAAUUCCAAAAGAAGAUAAAGAGUUCAUUUUAAAGAUAAUGAAGCUUGAUCCACGAGACAGGCCGACUGCAAAGGAGCUCCUUGCAGACGAAUGGUUCAAUCAAGUAUAA